AUGUCUUUAGAGACAAAAAAGCAAUUCUAUGGCACCGACUCGCCGUGGGAGCUUAGCAUCGGACAUUAUCGAGCAGUUCGCCAUGGCCAAUUGAUUUACGUUUCUGGUUCUACCGCAACCGACCCCAACUCAGCACCGGACGCACCGCAAAUUCUCUUCCCCGGCGAUGCCCGACAGCAGGCACGCUAUACCUUCGAACAGAUCAUAAAGUUCAUUCAAGAAUUGGGCGGCCGAGGUGCAGAGAGCAUUGUGCGAACUAAAAUGUACGUGCAGCGACAGGAAGAUUGUUCCCCAGUGGCCGGAGCUUUCAAGGACAUUCUAGGCAGACAGAAUGGGGGUGACAUUGGUACGGCUGCAACGAUGGUGAUAGUCGGCGGCUUUUGUGAUCCGAACAUGCUUGUCGAGAUUGAAUGUGACGCAGUUGCGGAUGCUGAAUGA